CCUGCAACGAAAUGAAGAUCUCUACACCGAGGACAUCUACCAGAAUUCUAAACCUCACACGCCCGGCGGACAACACUCCGACACGGCACUCGACAUUGGAGAAACUGACUUUCCUCCACCGCCAAGCAGCACACCGCCUCAUUGACUGCAGAUCAGCAAAGAAAUCAUCUUGCCAUCGAGCUCUCGACAGCUCAUCACACGGCACACCUCCAUUUCGGCAAGCUGCAGCUCGCCGCCAUGCCCAAGCCCAAACGAAACAUCCAAGCUGUGGCCGAGGAGACCCUGACCCCACCAGAAACCCUCACAGCCGAUCAGAAAAUCGCGCGCGUCAAAGGUGCCGCCGGCAACAACCUCUACAACUUGGAGCUUCCCUCUGGUGAGGCACUUCUCGCAGAGCUGCCCGCCAAAUUUCGCUCGACCAUCUGGAUCAAGCGCGGUAACUACGUCCUGGUCGAUGCUGCUGGACUCGCCGAUCGUGGUAACAAGCUCGGCGGGGAGAUUGUGAACAUCGUGCGUGAUGAGCGGACGUGGAGGAAGAAGGAAUUCUGGCCUGUGGAGUUUGCUGCUAAGAAGUCGACGUAUCAGGAGACAUCCGAUUCUGAAGAUGCUCCGAACCGAGAUAUGCCGCCUUCCGACUCCGAGGAUGAGGAUUGA